AUGGGCGAGAAGUUUGCGUCAGGCGGCGAGCAUCCCAUCCCCGAGUCGCCCGCUCCGCCACCGGAUCCGCCAUCUUCAGCGAGCAAAGCGGGAAAGAAUCCCCUUCUGCUGAAACCCGAAUACAAAACAGCCGUGAGAGAUUUUAUUCGCAUCUUCUCCUUCUCGACAUGGCUCGACAAAGCACUCAUCAGCGCAGCUGCUGUGACCUCUAUAGGUGCUGGCAUCACUAUGCCCGUCAUGAACAUGAUAUUUGGAAAAAUGGUGGGAUCAUUCACGGGCUGUUAUGGUGCCGAUGCUUCGACAACAUAUGAGCUGUUUAAGAAGGCCAUUAGUACCUGCGCUGCCUGGCCAUUUGUUCUCCGUCCUCUCGCGCAGCACACGCAUUGCUUACAGAUUAUGUCGGCUGCUUAG